CACUGGACGACGACUGUAAAUACAGGCAGCAAGCAGGACCGCUCUGUUGACUGGCAUUUCAGGACAAUAUCGCCGAGAAAACUCAGCAAGUGCAAGCACGUUGGCCGCCUUCAGUGAGAGCUAGCAGGUGGAUCGGCUACUGUGCAUCACCGUCAGCAUGGAGCCGCUGCUAGGCUGUUGGCUGAACGACCUGCUGGCCGUGCUGCUGGUGGCAGCGGCCGCCGCCUACGCCUGGUUUUCGCGCCGCUUCACCUACUGGAGCAGGCGGGGCGUGCCGCAGGCGGAGCCGCAGAUCCCGUUCGGGAACCUCAGGCGGAGCUUCCUGGGCCAAACCCGCCUCGAAUUCGUAGUACAGGACAUCUACAACCAGUUCAAAGGUGAGAGGUACGUGGGAAUGUACCAGUUCGGUAUACCAACACUGGUCCUGAGAGAUCCGGACUUCAUCCGGCUGCUGCUGGUCAAGGACUUUGAUUCGUUCCGCGACAGAGGAGUCCCCCACAACGAACAAGAACCGCUGAAUCACAACCUGUUCUUCAUGAAUGGCGCCAAAUGGAAGAGGAUGCGGGCCAAGAUGACGCCCACGUUUACGUCGGGAAAGCUGAAAAUGAUGUGCCAGACGAUGCAAGACUGCGGCCGCGAGAUGGUGGAGGUACUGGGAGAUCCAGCGAGCCGUGGGGAGGUGGUGGAGAUGCGGGAGGUGUCCGCGAGGUACGCCACGGACAUCAUCGCGUCCGUCGCCUUCGGCGUGGAGUGCAACUGCCAGAGGAAUCCGGAGGCCGAGUUCCGACAGUGGGGGCGUAAGGCGUUCGAACCCUCGCUCAAAUUCAGGAUCGCCCAGUUCAUGCACUCCUUCGUUCCGACUGUCGCCAGGGCACUCAGAAUUGGUGCCGGAACUGAAGAAGUAUCCGCAUUCUUCCGAAACAUGGUCAGAGAGACUGUGGAGUACAGAGAGAAGUACAACGUAACGCGAAACGACUUCAUGCACCUGCUGGUACAGCUGAAGAACAAGGGCUUCAUCGAUGACGAAAAGGCGAAGGCAAUCAAGGACAGCGCCAAGGACAUCGACAACUGGAAGUUGUCGAUAGACGAGGUGGCCGCCCAGGCGUUCGUGUUCUACCUGGCGGGCUUCGAAACGUCGUCGACGACGAUGAGCUUUGCGCUGUACGAGCUGGCCCUCAACCCGGACGUGCAGAAGAGGCUACAGGAGGAGGUGGACGCCACGAUGCAGAAGAACGACGGACAGCUGACAUACGAGGCCAUUUCCGAGAUGUCGUACCUCGACAAAGUAGUAUCAGAAACGCUGAGAAUGUAUCCACCGGGAGCGAUUCUGGCACGGAAGUGCACGCGUCGCUACAAGUUCCCCGAUGGCGGGCCUGAGCUUGAAGAGGGAGCGACUGUUUUCGUCCCGGUCUACGGUCUUCACAACGAUCCCCAGUAUUUCCCAGAACCUCAACGCUUCAAUCCUGAGAGGUUCUCUGAGGAAGAGAAGGCGGAGAGGCAUCCCUACGUAUACCUUCCCUUCGGAGAAGGACCACGAAACUGCAUAGGCAUGCGGCUGGGCUUGCUGCAGACCAAGAUCGGACUGGCCUACCUGAUGUCCAAGUAUGAGGUGCAGCGCUGUGACCAAACUGUGGUGCCCAUGGAGUUCAACCCUUUCUCUUUCGUCAUGAUGCCCAUCAGUGGCAUACAACUUCGACUCAGUAACAGGACGUAGCCCAAUUCAGCUUAACCUCAUCACUACAGUAUUAAGUAAUUUAUAAAUAUUUAUGUAAAUAAGCUGAGAGAGGAAGACUGUUUAUUUUGUUGUAUUUAUUACUUUACUGCUUGUGAAAUAUAUGUAAAUACUAAAAA